UUUACCACUCAUCGAUAACUUCCCACUCCCCUAAAUUUAAGCAAAAAAAAACGUGUCUCUCUCCUUCAUCCUAAAUAGACGCCAUUAUUCACCAUAUCCAUUACUUUCAUCCAAUUUCAAAUCAGUUUUUCAAUUAUUCAACUUCCUUUUAUAUCUCUAAUUAACUACUCAUUGAUUUCUCUCACGUUUCAAAUCUAAUUCCCAAAAUAAAGUAAGAUUCUAUACAGAUUUUUAUUUUUUACCGUGUAUUUAACCUAUAUUUUGGGUUUUUUUUUUUUUCGUUUGAAUCGGGAAUGCAAGUCUAAGUAAGUAACUAUCAGUGUUUGUUCUUGGUUGUUUUUUCUUAGAUUCAAUUGGAAUGACUAAGAAAGCUGCUACUCCGAUGAGAAAUACAGGCUCUUAUGCUGAGAAUCGUUCAAAAAGAAUUAACGAUCCUAGGCAUUAUAAGGAAUAUGUUGAUUCGAAGAGUAAACAACAAGAAAAAUUGAAAAAUGUUUCUCAAAUGGAGAAACAAAAGAAGAGAAAGGUUUGGUGACAAUGUUGUUAAUGUUAAGGGCAAGAAAAUUGCUAAAGCCAAACGUAAUGUGGAUGAGGAUGAUGAUGAAGAGGUAUCUAAAUUUUUGGUUACCAAGCACCCUGCUGUGGCACCAUCUAUGUGUAGAUACACGAAUGUUAAUGUAAUGCAAGAUAUUAGAGGCAAACUAACAGAUCCACAGAUGGAUAUGUUUAGGAAUUCUUGUUUUGGUAAAUAUCUCAGAAUGCAGCAAUUGGAUGUACAAGCACAGAUUUUUCGGUGCUUUAUGGUCAAAGAACUUAGGGGCAGUACAUAUAGGUGCUUUACAUUUGAAAUAAAUGGUAAAGUUCUGCGUUUUGGCCUUAGAGAAUUUGCACUGAUCACUGGGCUAGAUUGUGUAUCUGAUGAAAAUGAUUUUGUUUAUGAUAACUCAAAACCGAAUAGGCUUAUGGCGGAGUAUUUUGGUAGAAAUCAGGAGAAUCAAUUGCCAGUUAAAAGACACGAGCUUAUUGAGUGUUUCAACAAGACUGUCUGGGAUGAUAAAGGGGAUGACGCAGUCAAGAUGGCAAUAUUGUAUUUCAUAAAUACGUGGGUACAUUGUGGUGAGCCGAACUCAACAAACAUACCAAGGAUCCAUUUUGAUGUUGUAGAGGACGGGAGAUAUAAUGAGUAUCCUUGGGGUAAAGAUUCGUUUAGAGAGUUGGUUGUAAGCAUCGGGCAGAAAUAUGCUGGUUUUAAGAAAUAUUAUAGGAUUCAUGGUUUGCCGCUUGCUAUGCAAGUAUGGCUGUAUGAAUGUUGCUCAAAAGUCCCGUCCACCAUUGCAGUUAAGACGGGGAAUUUAAUUCCUAGAAUUUUGAACUGGCGGACUACGGAAGGAAAACCAGAAUUCAAGAAAUUGAUGGAUGGCAUGUUCGGAGACGAUAAAAAUCCGGUAAAACGGUCUUUUAACGCUUUGUGUCUUUUACCAUUUAACCGUUUUAAUAUGUUUGUUUUACAUGCUAUAUUUUGA